AUGUUUGCAAGCCUCAACCUUGGUGAAAUGCUUGCUCAGCGCGGAGAUAGAAGGACUUGGGCCCCCAACGAGGAUGUGCUGCUCAUCAGCGCUUGGCUUAACACAAGCAAAGACCAUGUGGUGGCUAACGAGCAGAAAUCAGGCGCGUUUUGGAAGAAGAUUGCUGCAUAUUAUGUAGCAAAUCUGAAACCUUCAGAAAGUGCACCACGCAAGGCUGGGCAAUGCAAGCAAAGGUGUCACAAGAUCAACGAUGUUGUCUGCAAGUUUUGCAGGGCAUUGGAGACAGCAACGAGAGAGGAGACCAGUGGAAUGAAUGAGAACAAUGUGAUUAAGCUGGAUUACGAAAUCUACUUCAGUGAUCAAAAGAAGAGGUUUAACUUGGAACACGCAUGGAAGGAGUUGCGAAAUGACCAGAAAUGGUCUGAGCUUUCUACAACAAAAACGGAUGCGAAUUCUAAAAAAAGGACUGAGGAGGUUUCACUUUCACAGAGUUCGAUAGUAGAGGAAAUAAGGAGUGACGAGCAAGGUCAGGGUAGCAACCGGCCUCCUGGAGUGAAGGCUGCAAAAGCUAAGUGCAAGAAAAUUAUGGCUAAGAGAAAGGCACUCUGUGAGUUUGAGGGAAUGUGGGCUAUUAAGGAAAAGGAGAUGGCCAUCAAAGAAAGGCUGUCAAAUAUGGCUCUUAUAGACAGCCUUAUCGCCGAGAUUGAACCAUUGGCUCAGUAUGAGGAAACCCUGAAGAAGAAGCUUAUCCAACAUUUGUUCUCUGAUUAG